ACAUUUUUACUGUCAUAUCUUAAUUUAGAGGCAGACACUUAAGGGUUAAAGACUAUUUGACUAUUUGACUUGUUCUCUGAUAGACAUCUAUGUCCAAUUUGUCAAAAAUAUAUAUAUUUUUUGGCAUUAGCCUCUCGUGAUCUUAUUUGUGUAUAGAGUAGUCCCAAGAACCUAUGGCUGUUGUGAUUUUAGCAGCUUUUAUAAGUCCUUAUAAUAUAUAGACCACUGAUUUCUUCUCUCUAUCCUGUUCAUUGUUGAAAAGCCAGAGAGAGCUAUUUUUAACAUUUACACAAUUUCGAUAGAUGAUUCUUUAUUGCAGGGUUUGGUGCUGAAUGUGUGGAGCCUUUCAUAAUCAUAUGCUUUUUGUGGUUUGCUUGAAUUUGAUCACAGUGGCUGAUUUCAUGCAUUGAUAAUGAAGGCUUAGGUUGCCUGCUUCUCGGCAUAAAUCCACCUCAGACUUGUAGGUCGACAGUGCUUCUGGCUUCAGCACGCCGUUGGAGAUAUAGGAUUGAAAUUGCUCUGCUUUCUUUACAAAUGACUCAGAGAGUGCUUGUCCUUCCCUAAAAUGUUGCCAGCACGUAAAGGAUUCUCAAUGAGCAGUGCAACAAGCCAGCAUCUGGAAGGUUUAGAGCCGCACUGAUAGAGCGUGGUGCUGUCACACAGAUAAUCAGGCUGGAGCCAAGUCUCCACAGCACUCUGCGUUAUACUGGCCACAAUACUGGAAGUUUUGUUUACCCAACUUGGUUGCUUUUAAAGCUGGUGAAAGCCCUGCCAGGAUGUGGAGUGGACUUUCUAGCAGAGGCAGUACAUGCCACACUACUACCCUUCCUGCUUUUGUGCGUACACCUACCUUGAUGAUGCAGCCUUCACUGGAUAUCAAACCAUUUAUGUCUUUUCCAAUGGACAGUAGUUCUGCUGUUGGGCUCUUUCCAAAUUUUAACACAAUGGAUCCUGUACAAAAAGCAGUCAUUAACCACACGUUUGGAGUGUCCAUUCCCCCAAAGAAGAAACAAGUUAUUUCUUGUAAUGUCUGUCAGCUUCGCUUUAACUCAGAUAGCCAGGCCGAGGCCCACUACAAAGGAAGUAAACAUGCCAAGAAGGUCAAAGCACUAGAGGCAACGAAAAAUAAGCCCAAAAUGGUUUCUUCCAAGGACAGCGCAAAGGCUAAUCCCAGCUGCUCCAUCACUCCAAUCACAGGCAACAGCUCUGACAAAUCAGAAGAUAAUGGGAAGCUGAAAGUCAGCAGUUCGGGUCAGCCGUCCGGAUCUGAAGCUGGCUCUUUUCUCUUCAGCUCUGGCACCGCACCCCUGCCACCUGGAGCAGCCACUUCUCCCUCUAAGAGCACUAAUGGAGCUCCUGGUAGUGGUUCUGAAUCUGAAGAAGAAAAAGCCAAAAAAUUGCUCUACUGUUCACUCUGCAAAGUGGCUGUGAACUCUCUGUCACAGCUAGAGGCUCACAACACAGGAUCUAAACACAAGACUAUGGUUGAAGCUCGUAAUGGAGCUGGUCCAAUUAAGUCUUACCCUAGACCUGGAUCAAGAUUAAAGAUGCAAAAUGGUAGUAAGGGGUCAGGACUACAGAACAAGACAUUUCAUUGUGAAAUCUGUGAUGUUCAUGUUAAUUCAGAAAUUCAGCUCAAACAGCACAUUUCUAGCCGCAGGCACAAGGAUCGAGUUGCAGGGAAACCUUUGAAGCCGAAAUACAGCCCUUACAACAAACUCCAGAGGAGCCCAAGCAUUCUAGCAGCAAAGCUUGCAUUCCAGAAGGAUAUGAUGAAACCUUUGGCCCCUGCCUUCCUGUCUUCGCCUCUGGCUGCAGCUGCCGCUGUGUCCUCAGCACUGUCACUGCCUCCCAGGCCGUCAGCCUCGCUCUUCCAGGCUCCAGCCAUACCUCCUGCGCUGCUAAGACCGGGCCACGGACCCAUCCGUGCCACUCCUGCCUCCAUCCUCUUCACUCCAUACUAACUCCCACCACGAGUCCCCAGACACUUGAUGCCAGUAGCAAAGUUGAGACAAAGUCAGAGGGAUUCAGCUCUUUGAGCAUUUUGUGUUGGCAGUGCUCCCAAGUCACAAAAUGCAGCAGAGCAUCCCUAUCCCAGAUGGUAAGAGUAACAGAUCACUAGAUUCAAGAGUGCGUCUAGGGCUGCUCCUUAUUAUAAUUUAGAGAUCUGAGCAGCACCAGCUCUGUCUCCCUAUUCCUUUCCCUGCCCUCCUCUACUUAUUCAAUUUGUGUGUCUCAGAUAUUUGGUUUCUUGCAAAUGUAUUGGUCAGAAAAAAAAACAACAAAAAAAAAACAACCCUGUACAUCAAUCUCUGACUACUUUUCCUUGGGUGUGUUCUGUCCUAGAAAUAAUACGGAAUAUUUUCCUGACAGACUUGAAAAUUAGGUUCUUUCUCACGUGUCUGUAAAUAACUCUGGAAUCCAACUGGACAUAUUCAAGUAUAAAAAACAAAGAGAUAAACACAAGUGCUUACUUGCGGCUGCCAUCUUCCCAGUGGAUCACAAUGUUUUCUUUUGUGGUGUGCUAUUGUUGACAGGAAUUGUGUACUGUUUGAGACCCAAGUACUGUCGUAUCCUGUGUAGUACUGGAUCUGUAUCUCUUGUCUGAAUUAAACAUUUUUAGUUGCUGUGUACAUGUUAGGAGGCAGAGUAGCUUUGAAUUUUCUCUUUAAGAGAAUAAAAAUAAUGUAUUUUCUUUAUUUCCCAUUUUAUUUGGUAAUAUUUAAAUGAAAUAGAAAGCCAUAUGCCAUAGUUACACUUACUCCCUAUUUGCUAUUUUUGUUUAACUUAUUUUGUAGCUUCCUCACCAGUUUGAGUUGCUAAGCAAAUGUAUACAAACAGAAAAAGAGCUUCCUAAAUUGCCCCUUUUUGCACCUCCUGUGCAUUCUGCAAGAAGACAGUGAAUCCAUGUAUUUCUCUGUAAUUAUCUGCUUCAUUUUAACUUGUUUUCACUUGUAAUGAUGCUACAUAAUUUUGUGGCUCCCUAAUGCAAUAAUGUACAGAAGAUAAAAAAAAAUGUAAUUCAACAAUUUGUCUUUUUGUUAACUGAGUAUGUUGAUGGUCAUGCUCCCGUGUGUCACUUUCUAAACUGAUAUCAGCAAGACAAGAAUGUUUGUGAUAUCAGGGGCAAAAGGUAUCAUAAAAUAACAAAUUAGAGUCAACUCUUUCAGAGGACCUAUAUCUGCAACCUGUAAAUGGUAAAAUGUCUGUGUAUUUUUUUAAAUGUACCUUUUCAAUAAAAGUAC